GCUGUGCGGGUGCUUGUUGAACAGAACACUCGUGAGACGGCCCAGGCCAUCAAGGGCAUGCACAUCCGCAAGGCCAACAAGUACCUGAGGGAUGUGAUCGUCAAGCACCAGUGCGUCCCUUUCCGUCGCUACAACGGUGGUGUCGGCAGGUGUGCCCAGGCCAAACAGUUCGGCUGGACCCAGGGGCGCUGGCCCAAGAAGAGCGCCGAGUUCCUGCUGCACAUGCUGAAGAACGCUGAGAGCAACGCUGAACUGAAGGUACGAUCUGCAGUCAGGUGUGCUGACAGCGCUGUGACACGUCAAGGCUCUUCAUUGUCGGCUGUUGGUUGGUGUGACUUGUGAAAAGAUUGCAGUGAU